AUGUUUAAAAUCGAAUCAUACAUCACCCCACUGUUAAUGGGUUACGUUGAUAAAUAUGUCAAACUGCGACAUGAAGAUUUUCAACUGAGUUUAUGGGGUGGAGAUGUAGUCUUGAACAAUUUGGAACUUCGUUUGGAUUUUUUUGAAAAAUUGCUCCAGAUACCAGUUACCUUUAAAAGUGGACGGAUUCACGAGCUCAGAAUUCACGUACCGUGGACGAAACUAGGUUCAGAACCAGUAGUCAUAACUAUCAACACAAUUGAAUGUAUUUUGAAAGUUCGUGACACGGCAUACGAAGAAUCUUCAAGCAGUGCGUCAGGCGAUGCUUCUCAAAAACAGUUACAAGCCAGUAAAGCGAAAGCCAAGUUAAAGAAACAAGACACAGAAGAGUUACCUCCGGAGUUGAAUGUGACGUUUAAUGAUACACAGCUACCGAUGUUUAUGAGGCUGAUUGAUAUGUGUAUUGCCCUGUAUUUUGGAGUUAUCAAUGUACGGGAGGCUGACGAAACUGAACCCAAUACUCAGGAAGUGAACAGGACCACAAACGAUGAGAACCUGGAUAAAGAAAUAGAGAUAAGACCAGAAGAUGAGGUAGGGUGGGGAAGUUGGGCCAUGUCCUGGAUUUAUUCUGAUGAAGAUGAGGAGAAUAGUGCAGAACAAACUCUAGCUAGUGUUAAAGAUAUUAAACCCAUCAUUUCUAUAGGUUUCUAUAUUAACAAGGCAACUCUACUCUUUAAGCUUACUGACAGAAUCAAAGAUUCUUCCUCCCAUGCCAGUUCCUCCAGCAGACUUCAGUUCAACCCUUUCUUAUUCCUGGAAGUCGAGGGUCUGACGGCAGAAAUCCUGAUUCAGUCUAUUACCUUUGUGAACGCUCAAGUGGGAGUAACAUGUAUCAAGCUACGAACUGAAGGUCCUUGUGCUUGUGGAGAAAAGGAUUCCAAUGAUACGAGAUCAUCAACAAUGUUAAAAGGGGGAGAUAAGCUAUCCAAUAAAACAGGCCUGAAUUACAUCAGUCAUUCCUUAUUUGAUGACUAUUCUCGCGAAUGUCAAGGUCAACUGGGAGAGUACCACACCACUAACGAUAGCCACCUGGAGAACAUGACAGAAUCCUACGCUAUCCAGAGAUUUGGUGCCUUCUGGUUUGAUUAUAUAUAUUCCUGGCAAAAUGACGAAUGGAAAACUAGCACAACUAGUAGCAAGUCAUCUUUAACUAGCGAAGGUGAUGGGAUAUUCCAACGAGAACACGCUGUCAUGAGAUUCCUGUUUGGCUUCCUGCAUGUCAACCUUACGUCAACGUUUCUACAUCGUGUAGAGAAAAUCAUACAUUGUGCUAAUAAUCACCAGUAUUUACCAUAUAACACGCCCAUAUUUGUGGAAGAUGAAGGAGAUAAAAGUAAAUUGACAGAAGAACAGAUUCAAUCAUUGGAGGAAUUCAUACCUACACGUUCAUGUCAUGUGACCUUACUUCAACCAAUCAUCAUAGCUCUACCUCCUGAACAUGAAAAAUGGGACGGAAGCAAGAAGAGUAAUAAGUCAAGCAGGAAAACUAAGGAUACCAAAAGCAAUACAAGAGAACAGAAGACGUACUCACUACCAGCUGUUAAGAUAGCAGCAACACGCUUUGAUUUUCAAACAACUACUCCCAUGUACCCUAAAAAACUGGUGAAAUUAGUUAGUAAUAUUACUGGACCAUCUAGUAACUUGUUAUAUCAUUGCCAUUCUCAUACCCAGUUAAAGGUAUUAGAUCUACAUGGAGGAUUACAGAAGAUUGCUGGAGAUGGGACAUCCUCACAUUUACAUACAGUUGUCCCCCCUUGUAAUGGAGUCAUUUACUUCCGAGAGUUGGUGUCGCCUCAGAAUUGGAACAGUUCAAGUCUGCCUCACUCUGAGUCUAUGUACGAACUACCUCAGCUGUCCGUCAGUCUAACCAAGCCGUGUGUGUUGUUACUUAUGAGAAUGGCGUCCAGCUGGAUACAAAUGAAGCCAGACGUUAAUAAAUAUACAGAUGACAGUUUGUGUGAUGAUAUUUUUCCUAGUAACCAGUUACAAGGCACAUCGAUGCCAGUGUUAGAUUUGGUUAUUACUGGUGUGGAAUUAAAAUCCUGUACAACCUCAUUAGUUACAUCUUAUACUGGUAACUUGACAUCACUUCAACUUUUACUCUACUCUAAAGAGGCGAAAAGUACCCGAGUGAUGCCCAUUCUGUAUGGCCCCAGUGAUACUAGAAAUUUAGAAUUACCAAGCACCCUAGUUAGAGAGAAAAUAUACUUAGAAGAUAUUAAAACAGAUUGUAUGGUGUUCACAGUACAAAUACCUCAUAAUACUGAUAUUACAGAAGCGCCUGCAGUGAUGCUGCUAGGACUAGAAGGUCUGACAGUUUACUUGGAUCCCAAACUGAACACCUGGUUCCACUAUACGCCAAGACUUCAACCAUCAGCUGUGAAACAGAAAGAGAUUACUGUAGAUAUGGCUCUUGCUCAUGCUGCCUCACCACUCCAGAAUAUUUCACAAGUUUCAUUACAUUCAAGUAGUUCCGUUACUCAACCGACAAGUUCCAGACCUCAGACACAGUCCCAGUCUCAACUGAUGUCUCCCAAUGCUCUGAGCUUGGUGGUAGAAGAUACAAGUGACUCAGAGAAACCAGAGAAUAAGUCUGCCAUUGCUUCCUGGUAUCCACUAAUUAGGAUGUUAAAUAUACAGGUGGAAUUGAAGAACACUUGUAUCUAUGUAUCAUCAGAGACCUUCACCCUACGAGACCCUGGUAUGGACAUAACCCAAAAUAUCAACACCGCAUUACUAAACAAUACCUUACGCCAUCUGGUGGUGGUCAAUCUACCAGCCCUCACAAUCCACAGCUCUGAUAGUAAACAAAUAUCAGCCCUACAAGAAAUUCCCAUACAGACUUUAGAAGGCUCUUUAAUUGGAGAGAAGUUACCAUGGAAUCUAAACCUUUCAAAGUUUACCAUAUACAGUAUCCAUGACAACCAAAAAUGUCUACCAAUAUUAAAACCUUUGGACAUAAAAUCUACGAUAGCUGUAUCGUGUAAAUACACUCCUCCUACCUCUCAACAUAUCUCCAGUCUCGGUCUCAAUCUAUUGGUCAAUUUUGAACCACUGACAGUUGCCGUUUCUCAGGAACAGAUUCAACUGGGUUUAGUCUUAUCUCAGCAAGUUACAACUUUAGUCAACUGUUCCUUAAAACUGGCGCAGUUUUGCAUAGACAACUUGACGUCUGAAGCUAAGGUUACCAAGGAGACCAAGCUGGACUCUUCAAACGAGAAGGUAGAAAGUGGUAUAUCUAUUGAUGAAGAAGGAGUACAGGAAGUUUCAGAAGAGGCGUCGCAGAAUGAGAGUCCAGUUCACGAGAAUAACGAAACAGGAAGUUCCGAAGGUUUACAACUCACUAUGUGGACUAUGAUAGUUUUACCGAAAAUUACCGUCAAAUUUUACUCCUGUCUCUCAAACAUUGAGAACUGUUUGAAAUUGUGCCUGGAUGAUUUAUCUACAUCUAUCGACAUCCAGCCUGUAUAUAGUAAAAUAAAAUUAAAUUUGGCUCGAUUCAACGUCAACAGCUUUCAAAAACUACUGGAGAAAAAAGACUGGAAGAAAGGAUCAUGCGAAGGUAUUCUGAUAUCCAGUAUGAAGGAAAUAACGAGAGAUGUCCAUAUUGUUUCUAAUAAAUUCUGGAACAACGAAACUCAUGCCAUUCCAACCAAAUCACUGUUUCCUUCUCAAGAUCCUUCCACCAGAGACCAAACUCAGGGAUUUCUUUUCCUCACUUUUACACGAGCCUUGUGUAAGAAUACAACCAAGAGGAUGAAAAAGCGAAGCAUGGAUGUAGUUCCUGGUUUGACGGACAUUGAUAAUGUCACUGGACAAUGUGAAUUAUAUUUUCAUAAAUACAUUUCGGAAAUAUGUUUAAAGGUGGAGCCAUGUGAUGUCAUCAUCUAUCCACCAGUUAUUCAAUCCUUAUUGGCAGUUUUUGAAUCAAAUUUGACCAAUUGUGAAUUGCCGUCUGCUCCGAAGAAAAUUUCCAAUAUGGCCGACUCUGACAUUCCAAUUAUUUCUGCUCAUAAUGUUCCAUUAUUAUACAUAAACUUAAGCAGUGUUCGAAUAUUUCUGCCGGAAACAGAAGACAAGGGGAGUAACUCUGAUGUUCCAGAAACACGCUCGACACUAGACCACAAUACUUUAAUCGUUCAGUUGAAUUCAGUUGAUAUCAAUCCACAAGCUGAUAAUCCCUUACCACGUUAUCCAAUGAAAAGAGAGCUGUAUCAUCGUGCACUUGCUGCGGGACUGACCCAGUUUCCAGGAGCGUCUGUAGAAGAUCGACAGUAUCAGAUGGAUAUUAAAGGCCUCACUGUCUGUACAGGGUAUUGGAAUGAUUUUAUGCAGUCCAUUAAACACGAUAGUAAAAACCAUCCUGACUUCCCUAAUGUUCAGAUGCCUGCUUUAGAAUGGAACACAGUUUUAUCUUUACAACAAAAAGAGAAAGAUGAAAUAAAACUGAUACCAAUAACGUUACCAUUUGAUUUAAGAGUAGUUGCUGCCCCAGCCAUUGUUUACGAGAAAAGGGAAUCACAGAUUGUCUUGCAGCGGAUGUUAGUUUGCGGCUUUUCGAUGGAGGUUAACGUAACCAGUGACCUUGACCUUUACAUCAGUACCAAUCAGAUUCAUCUAAUCAACAGACUUGUUACAAACUGUAUUCAAAUCAUCCAAUCACCAUGUCAGACACAAAAACCAUUUUCGACCAAUAAGAAAUCAAGAACGAGUGAGUUGACCUUCGAUAGUGGAAUCAGCGACAUGUCUACCGUAACUAACGAUCGUCAGCCAAUCAAAUUUCAACCGAAGACAGCUCCCUCUAUUUCAUCAGAUGCUGACCUCAAAUCAAAGGUCAUGGCCUUUGACCUCUUGUUAACAGCAGGUCGUAUAUCCUGUACAUUGUAUUCACACAAAGUUUUGUCAGAAGAUUUUCAUCCAGAGAAGAUUAAAAUCGCAGAAAGGAAACUUCCGCAAAAAACUGAUUUAAAUCGCUGUGAUUGGCAGAAGGAUAAUCUGCCGUCAAAUUCCAGUGAUAUCGACCAAUCAGAUAGCGAGUAUCUCCAUCCAUCUGACUCCUGCACCAAUUUUGGAUUUUUGAAAGUUCAUCGAGAUAGUUCCGGGUCCACUCAAGAUAUUGCAGCAGGGACUACCUGUAUACAGCCUUUUAUGUAUAUAUACAUUGCUCAACCCCAUACCUUGCUAUCGUGUAAUUCAACCUGUCAGAAGUUUGAAAUGAGUUGCUAUGACAUCAUUGUCCGUGGUUCGGAACGUCAAAGUCUAAUCCCAGUGAGUGAAAGUCAGAUCAUACCAGACUGUUCCGAUUUUAACUUAUAUUGGGUAGAAACAAGGGCUGGACAACCAAAUAUCAAAACAGGAAUACCACCAAGUCUUUUUACAGUUCAGAUAAAAGAUUUCUUAAAUGAACCAGCCUGUAUAGUAUUAAAGUUUGAGAGACCAGUUAAAGGAAACAUAGAUCUUUACAAAAUAACACAAGUGCAAGAUUUUAUUAAUGAAAUAGUGCCACCUGGAAACAAAAUGGCUGCCCAGCAACAAGAGCCAGCACCACAAUCUACAACUGAUGUGAAAUCAACACCAGGGUUUUUAUCUAAGAUAGAUCACAUUGAGGUAGUGACGGAACAAGUUGUUGUUUCUAUGGAAACCAUACCCAACAAUGGUUCUGCUAGCUGUAUGAUGUCAACUUCCUGUUUUAGAGUGGAUACAGAAUUUACCCAUAAUGCUACAGGGGUAAUUGAAACAAUAACUGGAAGGUUCCAUGUGAAAGAUAUUUUUAUUACCAGUAACUAUCAGUCUAAUAUCUUGCCCUUUAUUGGACCUACGUCGUUUAACUUGGAAACAAUAUUCCAUUGGACGGAACACAGUGGUCCUAAAGGCAUUCCUAAAACUCUUGUUGCUAUGGAAACUGGUUUGAUACCCGUCAAAUUUGGACAGGAACAUUUUCAGUGUUUUGAGGCAAUUGUUAAAGAUUUGGAGAAGUUUUUCAAAGGAGAUAACUAUGAGAAUAAAGGAGAGUUGAGUAAUGAAGGUAAAAAGAGUGAGGUAGCAGAAGAUAAUUUUAUCUGUGAUGCGAGUGAAGAUGAUUUUAAAUCUGGUGGAUUGGAAUAUAUAUUUGGUCCAGAUAACUGUGAAAUCCAGCCCAAUCCAAGGGAGAUAAUAUUUGCACGUAAUCUGGCAGAUGGCUCUAGUAGUAUGACAUGGUGUUAUCAUCAAUCACGUGUUCUACGACACGCUGAACUUUCACCUUUACCAUUUAACCUUGAGGAUGGGUCAACACUACAGAUUGAGUGUGUAUUACAAUAUUGGGACACGGCAACCCGACAAUUUUUAGAUUAUAUUCAUUUUCGACUGUCGGAGACCGACUCCUCCAUCUUGGAUCUCCCACAAGUCAUUGCUUCUAACAGUUCAGAUCUCAUCACGUCUCAGAUGUGGAGAAUUUUAAUAUCACCACUUGGAAACAGUGAUUCUAAAGAGCCAGUCAUCCAGCCGUCCUCGCUCGUAGCAUGUAUGAAAUUAGACUCCUGUUUUAUUCCUGGUUUGAUCCCGUUUUUCCAGAUGUGUCUGGGAAUAUCUUCCCUGGAACUUCAACUUUUAAACCACUUACAAGAUACUCACAGAGACGUUCCAUCCAAGCUGAAUCCAUUUUACUUUACAUCAGAAGACAUUAUACAACAAGAAAUCGCAGUACUCCGAUUGGACAAUCUAUCUGUUACAGCCAAUCAUAUUGAAGGAAGGAGACGUUCCUCAUCAAUCCAGGUAAUAAGUACUAUAUCAGCUGAUAUUUUAGACAAUGAAAACCUGACUAUGUCUACUAUUCUACAACCAUUUUAUCUUCAAACUGAUCUUGAUCUACUCUAUAAUGAAAAGCCUGCUGUAUAUACCAUGAAUAUUAAAGGUGAAAAGAUGAAAGUUCGGCUGGGUAAAGGAGCUAUUCAUACCAUCAAUAUGGGAGUCCAGUCCUGGCUUUCAGUACUGAGUAAAGAAGAGAAAGUGACAUGCCCUGUUUAUAGUCACUAUAUAAUCUGUAAUAACACUCAACAAGCUUUACGAUUUGGACAAGUUGGUACAGACGAGAAUCUCAUCCUCCAACCUAGAGAGAUGCAGCAAUAUGGCUGGAGAUCACACAAGAUGAAACAGAUUUUACAUUUGUGUGUUGAUCAUACGACGUGGAAAUGGUGUGACCCGUUCAAUAUUACCUCCCCUGGUAAUAUUAUACGAGCUGUACACAGUAAAGAUCAAAAUUUUACUAUAAUUAUUAAAAUUAAACAAAUCUCCAACAUUCAAAAACAGAUAAUUUUCUGUGGACAGCUGGUGAUGAGUAACAGACUGUCUCAAAAUAUAGAGAUCAAACUGGCUACAUUGAAUCGUGACAACAGUGUUGCCGAGGCGACGUCCAUCAUUCCAUCAUGUCAGACAAUGCCGUCAGUUAUAGUGGAACACGAAUAUAUCAGAGACAUCAAGUUACGUCUGCCUGGUUUAAAAUCACCAUGGUCACAAGAAAUUCAUAUUAGUGGUGAAAAGAUGAAAUCUAGUAGAUUAGUCAAGAUACCUCUUGCCAACAAAGCGUAUAUCCAUUUAUGGUGUCAUAUCUUUACUCAGCAUUACACUAACAAUAAACGACAGAACCUGGUAAUGUUCAGUCCAUUAUACGUUCUACGAACCCAUUUACCACGCCCUCUAUUUGUGGAAAUGGACUCACCUAAAUUAAAUGAGAAACAGCAACUAGAGAUUCCAGGACAAGCUAGGGAGUACCAACUACACUGUGUAGGGGGUGAUAUUACUCAUUCACUGGCUUUUAGGCUUGGACAAGAGAUGGAGAAAUCGAAUCCACCAUUGAUGUUAUCAACAGGACUGAUAGACCAGGUAGAACAUGAUAAGAUACAAAAGAUAGAUAUUGACUCUAUCUGUGAGAAUUUUACUACAGAUCUUUCUACUACCUGGCCAUAUUGUGGUGUCCAUAUCUCAUCUAGUGAUGCGUCUUCACCACAUAUAACAUCAUCCUGCCCCUCAGACUAUCAUGAUAUUCCUCAACCGUCGGUUGAACUGAGUGUCCGGCUGUCAGAAUAUCUACCCGGUUGUAAUACUCUAUUGGUUGAUAUCACACCCGAGUCAUUGGUUACCAACUUAUCGGGUGUUGAGUUGAUGAUCGUUGCCAACCAACAGAAUUGGUGUCUGGGUAACGGCAAGACUUUUACUCUACCACAUUUAAAGACAUCAGAUUUUGAAGUAGGAUAUAUGAAGGAGGGAGUGAUAUUAAAAUCGGCAGCUAUUCCACUAUCUAAUGAUGAAGUAUCAUCAAAACUUUACAGCACCGAUAUCGGUCGUGUUCUAUUUAUAGAUGGUCUAGUACAGGUUACCAUAGUGAUACCUGGUAAAAAUAAUCAGAUUUUGUAUCUGACACUCAAGUCAGAAAUAUGUCAUGGUAUGAGAAUUAUAACUAUCAGAGAAGGUUUCUGUUUCUUCAACCAAACCAACAUUCCACUUACAGCUCAGUUAAUCUCACUACCUCUUGGUUCUUCUAAGAUGAACAUUCCAGAAAGUGGUGCAUCCCAAGAAUCCAUUCCAGUAUCCCAGCAUUCCACAGUCAACAGUCUCCACCCACUUUUAUUCUGGUCUUUAUACUCAACACACGACCUUCGACCUCAGACAGACAACUUUACUCAAUACAUUCAUUACUUGUUAUUCAAAGAUGGCCGACACGCUAGCAACCAAAAUCAAGAUGGCCUCCAACAAAGUUCAGAUUUUUGGUCCAUUCCAAUUCGUGUUGCUGCUAACGCUGAUGGAAUGCGACAUACAGUUUCCAUCCCACAAUCCAACAGAGAAGACUAUUACAGUCGGCCAUAUUGUUUGUGUGGCCAGAUUAAAAAUGGCGUGACGUAUCUGACGUUGAUGGAAGAUUAUAGCUCUAUUUGUGUCUUGUAUAAUAAUUGUCCAUUUCCAGUUCUGUAUGGUCAAACCUUGAUGAAUAUUACUCUCUCAGAUAUCACCAUCCAAGAAGAAGCUGAACUUCUAAACAAGUUACCCAGAGUACCUCCUGGUGGACACACUCACUAUACAAUGCCACAUCUGAACUCUGUCUUCCCAUUAUCAGACGGCAUGAAGUAUCCCAAGAUACACUUCUGCUCAGAAACUAACCAGACUGGCGUUGGUCAUUCUCCGUGGAGUUUAGGAGUAGAUUUGAUGGCAGGAAACACUUUUGUCAAAUUGCCUCAAGUUGCAGACGUGAAAAUCGAAGUUCAGCGAAAAGCUGGAGUCAUUGAAGUUGUCAUGGAACCUGUUGGCAAGGCUGAAAUUUCAGCUCGUGAAAUACGAAGUAGACUGAAGGGGGGUAAUCAAGAAAUUAAAAUCACAGAAAUUGAGAAAAUGGAGUCACACACUCAAACUACUGUAGAACUGAAACCAUUGGUGAAAAGGAAAGCCAGAUUAAAAGAAAAUGUGUCGAACAUUCUCAUUGGUUGUUACAUAGAUCAUUUUUCAUUGGCUAUUCUGGAUGAAACGAGUUCCAUGGAAACAAUUAGUGAAGUAUUAAGACUUAGUAUGGACCGUGUCUUCCUGGCAACAUACCCAGUAACCUCUCAAUCACAUUCCUCUAGUGUCUCCAUUUGUAUUGGAAAUUUACAGCUUGAUAAUCAAGCCUAUGGUAGUGGACAGUUUGAUUUUCCAGUCAUUAUAUUACCUCAACAGAAGACAGAGCCGUAUUUAAAUUUAGAUGAUAUUGAAUCUUUAUCUGUGAUAGAACGCUACGCUGUUUUCAAAAGUUCAAGUUUUUUAAAUUUUCAAAUUGUGAUGUCAUCAAAUUGUUUGGACCAAUCGGUGAUUGAGUCUCUUGACGUUUCCAUGAAACCAGCCUCUCUUUACAUUGACGACAUGUUUAUUUAUAGACUGCUAAAAGAGGUUGAACUUCUGUUGCCGACCUCAUUAUCAGCAGACAUCAAAUCGACCAAUGAAUGUGAAUUACCAAAUAAGGAUAUUUUAAGUGUGGCUUACUGUCUCAGCAAUCCAAUUAGAAUACAGCAUUUAUCUAUUCAACCAAUCAAAAUACUUUUAAGUGUGCAUGCGUCUUUGAAGUUAUAUUUAGCAGCAGAUCACACGCCCUUGUCAUUCAGCUGUUUUGAACGAAGGAAUCUAUGCACUAUCAGUAAUCAAUUGGUACGAGCUGUCGUCAUGCAUUAUGCAUCAGGAGCUAUUUUCAGAGCAGGUAUUGUGAUUGGUUCAUUAGAGAUUCUAGGUAAUCCAACUGGUCUAGUACGUAGUUUUAGUAUAGGAAUGGCUGAUUUAGUCCGAAUGCCGUAUUCCGGGUUGACCCGAGGACCGGGUGCCUUCAUGAGUGGUAUAUCAGGAGGAAUGGGAUCAUUAUUUAGAAAUGUUUCAGCAGGUAUGAUAACCUCCGUGACUAACCUGGCCUCCAGUGUGUCCAGAAAUAUGGAUCGUCUCUCGAUGGACUCCACACAUUUAGAACGUCAGGAAGAGAACCGCAGGAACCGACCAAUCGGCUUGUCUGAUGGAUUGAGACAAGGAUUUACUGGUUUUGGUCUUAGUUUGUUAGGUGCUGUAGCAGGACUAGCAGACCAGCCAUUACAGAAUGUGAUUUCUACACAAGAUAGUGGAGAACGACGAUCAUCAACGUCUGCUAUGGCUAGUGGCCUGGUAACAGGAAUGGGCAAAGGUUUAGUUGGCAUAGUAACCAAGCCAAUAGGAGGAGCUGCUGAGUUGGUAUCUCAAACUGGACAAGGAAUUUUGCAUGGUACUGGACUGGGUCAGUUGCCUCAACGAAUAGAAAAACCACGGUUACUACUACGAUCUGUUGCUAGUAAUGCUAUUAUUAAAUAUCCCCUAAAAAUAUUCCAAAGUCUUCCAACAACACAGUUUCUUACAUCAGUGGAUGCUUGUCACCUUGACCUUGUGGGGUUAGAGGUUAUGGUCACGUUGAUCUUGACCUCUGACAUUUUGUUUGUGGUGAACAACGAGGAGGAUGCCCAGCAGCAAGCGUUUUCCAUACGGGAGUUAGAGUGUUUUGGGAAAUCUGAGGACCCUUCGCUGAUCUCGUUGAUUUGGACUGAUAAUUUAUUCCGAGCCCAUACUGAGCAUGACAACUCCAAUAGUGAUCGUGUGGCAGCUUUCGUUGACUCCGCCCCUACGUUUGGACCAUCAACCAAUGAGGAAGGAGGUGGCAAUGACAGCCAAUCAGACGGGACAUCGGUCUCGGGGAGUGUAACAGCUCCGCAGUAUGAUUUUCAUGCAUUCCUUUCAUAGAGUCCACAUAGCUAAUAAUGUUUGUUUCAUAUUUGGGUGUGUUAACUUGGCAUUCCUUUCAGAGAGUCCACAAAGCUAAUAAUGUUUGUUUCAUAUUUGGGUUUGUCAACUUGGCAUUCCUUUCAGAGAGUCCACAUAGAUAAUAAUGAUAACUAUAUAGAUAUUUGUAUUUAAUAUUCCUAAUCUAACUGGUAACUUAGUAUUUUAUCGUUUGUUAUCUUGUUAUAGGGGGCAAUAUCUCACGUAAUGCCUCUCUGAACCUUGCAACAGUUCUUCCAGAACUAAAUGUAUCUUCAGUAGAAAUUAGUCGGACACCUUCUGGAGGGUCUGUACAAGAUAUCAGAAGCAAUCUGUGAGAUAUUGUCACUUUUGUUAAAUCACGUGAAUGAAAUUGGGAUUAAUAAAUUAUGUAAUAA